AUCGUAUCUUCGAGUACGUUCUCGUACUCGCUCGGGAUUGCUAUCCCAACACAGCUAAUGCAGACCAUAGAAGCCGUUUGAUGAUAGAUACCAUGUUCGUCACUCCGACCCUACUACACAAGGACCCAGCGUCAGUCUGUUUAGGCGUCGUUCACGGUUCAAAUAGCUCAUUGGCCUUGAACGGCGAACGCCACAAAGUCAAAAUCGAUCAUCUUGAUGGGUAGUGUCGCUCAGAAGGUUUAGAGAGAACCCGUCGCCGCCGACGACACAUUCCGCCGUCCAUGGGAUGUCAUCUGCUUCGAGGAUACCGGACAGCAAUAGAGCAGUGCUAAUAUCUGAUCUCCAAGCAACUUUGCGGAUCACACAAACUCAUCCCUUCCACGCAAGAGACAGAACAAGAGCGCGCAAAGAUAUAUUUCGUUCCUUUCAAUAUCCUCUCAGAGCCAUAUUACCAUUCGCGACAGGUCCUCGUCCUGGGCUUGUCCGGCUCAGGCAAAUCGACCAUUCUCAAAGUUUCUUCCGAUUCAUCAAUCUACCACAUCUUUCUAUGAUUUACAUGAUUAAGAACAUGCAGGUUUCAUCCUUCUCGCCGCAAAAUACUAGUGUUCGUUCCGGGACCAAAACAAACGAUAGCUUCAAGGCUAAAACUAAGGACCUCCCUUCCGUGAGCAGUGAAGUAAUUUUGGAUCUCGGACAGAAAGAGAUACUUUUGGUCCAGAUGGGCAAUCGGUGGAAAGAGGACGCGGGUGAUUUAACGGACUUGAAGGGUAUCCUGUCCGUCGUUGACUUGAGCGCAUAUGACCCACUUUCUCUGGAACACUUCGUAGUUUUGGCAGCCCUCUCUCUCUCUUCAUACCCUUACGCCGCUUCUAGAAUGUCAUGGGAAACGCCAUGAGAGAUUGGAAUUUUAUAAACCAUUCCAAAUUGUUC